CGGCGGCGCGCAGCACCCCGCGCUCGGACUGCGAGCAGCGGCGAGGAUGUGAGUGAGGAGCAGGCGGCGCCGCUCGCCACGCUGCUGCCGCCGCCGCUGCUGCUGCUCCCGGACUGGCACAGCUCCGCCGGCGCUCAGGGAAGCCGCCGCUGCCGGGACCGAACAGCUCCGCGCGUGUGCCCCUGUCUUGCUUACGGCCGUGGAUCAGCACGUACCGAACUGCAAGCUCACGAGGCAGCCGUGGCGGGUGGAAGGUGACCCCCCCCCCCCCCCCCAUCUUCCUCCGUGCACCUCCGCCUCCUCCCGGAGGAGGAGCAGCAGCAAGCGGAGAGCUAGAGAGCGCAGGGAAACAGAAGCGGCUAGAAGGCGACCCCCACCCAGCAAACCCCCCGGAGGAGCAGUGGAAGCGAUUCCCAGCCCACCAGGGCAGCAGCGGCUGCACCAGGUAGAAGCAGACAUCUCCGGCAGCAGGAGCCAACUAAAAGCAGACGAUCCCCCUUGCUGAAACGGGCAACAGGAUCAGGUACGGAGAGCCACCGCCCCCCCCUUGCAGCCCGGGGGGGAAGACUGAGCCAGCCCCUACGCCGGCGGCAGCAGCUCCCCAGCCAGCAGCACCAUGUCCGCCGCGCAGGUGUCCUCGUCGCGGAGGCAGUCAUGCUACCUAUGCGAUCUGCCCCGCAUGCCCUGGGCCAUGAUCUGGGACUUCACGGAGCCCGUCUGCCGGGGCUGCGUUAAUUACGAGGGCGCCGACCGCAUCGAGUUCGUGAUCGAGACGGCCCGGCAGUUGAAGCGGGCUCACGGCUGCUUCCAGGACGGUCGCUCCCCGGGCCCCCCGCCGCCGGUCGGCGUGAAGACAGUGACGCUCUCCGCCAAAGAAGCGGCGGCGGCGGCGGCCCAGCAGCAGCUCAACCAUGUGGAUGCCACCUCCAAGGCGGCCUCGGCAGGGCUGACCCAGUCCAGCCUGGACCGCUACGGGCUCAGCGCCGCCGCGGCGGAGCAGCGCAGCCGCUUCGAGUACCCGCCGCCGCCAGGCAGCCUGGGCAGCAGCCAUGGCGCCCGCCUGCCCAACGGGCUGGGGGGGCCCAAUGGCUUCCCCAAGCCGCCUGAGGACGGGCCGCCGGAGCUGAACCGGCAGAGCCCCAACUCCUCCUCCUCCUCUUCCUCCUCCCGUCGCGGGGCGCACGGGGGGCUCGUGUCUGGUCUGCCCCCGGGGGCCGCCGGCGCUCAGAUGAACGUGCCCCCCAACCUGCUGCCGCAGACGCUGCUGAACGGCCCCGCCGCCUCCGGCGUGGCGCUGCCUCCGCCGCACGGGGGCCUGAGCGGCCGCGGCGGCGGGGGUCCUGCCGCUCCCUCCGCCUCUUCCCAAGGGGGCACCUGCGGCGGCGGCGCUGGGGGUGGCGGCGGCUCGUCCUCCGAGGCCUGCGGCAAGCGGCCGGGCUCGGUGUCCAGCAGUGACCAAGAGCGGGAGCUGAAGGAGAAGCAGCGUAACGCGGAGGCGCUGGCCGAGCUCAGCGAGAGUUUGCGGAAUCGGGCCGAGGAGUGGGCCAGCAAGCCCAAGAUUGUGCGGGACACGCUGCUCACUCUGGCCGGCUGCACCCCUUACGAGGUGCGCUUCAAGAAGGAUCACGCCCUACUGGGCCGCGUCUUUGCCUUCGACGCCGUCUCCAAGCCGGGCAUGGACUAUGAGCUGAAGCUCUUCAUCGAGUACCCCAGCGGCUCCGGCACCGUCUUCUCCAGCGCCUCCGGUGUGGCCAAACAGAUGUACCAGGACUGUAUGAAGGACUUCGGCCGCGGCCUGUCCUCGGGCUUCAAGUACCUGGAGUACGAGAAGAAGCACGGCUCUGGCGACUGGCGGCUCCUGGGGGACCUGCUGCCCGAGUCUGUGCGCUUCUUCAAGGAGCUGGUGGGCGCCGACAUGCUCCCGCAGCCCUACCUGGACGCCAGCUGCCCCAUGCUGCCCACGGCGCUGGUGAGUCUCCCGCGGCCGGGGGCCGGGGCCGGCGGGGCGCAGGGCACGGCCGCCGCCUCUAGGGGACCUGGCGGCGGCGGCGGCGGCGGUGGCGGCGGGGCAAUGCGCAAGAGGAAAGCGUCUCCAGAGCCCUCGGACUCGGCAGAGGGGGCUCUGAAGCUCAGCGACGAGCAGCAGCGGCAGCAGUGGAUGGCCAGCCAGAGCGAAGCGCUCAAGCUCACCAUGUCGGCCGGGGGCUUCGGGGCGGUGCACGGCGGGGGCCCCCCGCCGCCGCCACCCCUCGGGCCUCACUCCAACCGGACCACGCCACCCGAGUCCGCCCCCCAGAACGGACAGUCCCCCAUGGCCGCGCUCAUGUCGGUGGCCGACACACUGGGCAAUGCCCACUCGCCCAAGGACGGCAGCUCGGUGCACUCCACCACGUCCACCCGCAGAAACAGCAGCAGCCCCGUGUCGCCGGCCUCUGUGCCGGGCCAGCGCCGCCUGGCCUCCCGCAACGGGGACAUGAACCUGCAAGUGGCCCCUCCUCCC